AUGUCGACUUCAGACAGCAGAGUCAGUGAUACAAGAAGCGCCCAAGACUCAUCCUCCAUUUCAACGGGCGGUAGCGCAGAACAACAAGGCUUGAGUAGCGCCAUAGAAAUAAUGGACAAACUAAAUGCUAUUCGUGCUGAGCUUGUUGAUGCCGAGGAGAAACAAUGUGCUGUUGAGGAACAACUUUUUGGCGAACCGAUUGCACCUGCUGCUGGCAGUGGCACUCCUUUUAUAGAGAAACCAUUUGGCACUGAAUGCGCACCUCGUCAAAAACGCUAUCUAACCAGUGCCGGAAUACCUCGACAUUUGUCUUCCAUUGUCGUCUCCAUUGCUUUGUUUGAUGGAGAAAAGAUGUUAUUUGCUUGCUCGGGCAUACCUCUACCGUACGGAAGAACUGCAUUACGGCUGACAAGAUUUGUGACCUCUGCACGUUUGGCUACUGCAUAUACCUCUAAUAGAAACAGAGAUGAUGAUUUGAGGGUCAAAGUGCGCCUUCCUGAUAACACUACUACCGGCGGGUUGUUGGGUCUAUAUGAUCAACAAAUUGCAAUUGUCACGACCGCGGACCUCCCAUCUCUCCAUGAAGUUGAUCUGAAUCCUCAGCAUCGAAAGCCCUCUUGUGGUGAUCCAAUACUAGCUGUCGGACGUGCCUUCACGUCAGGCAGUUUGAUGGCUGCGUCAGGCAGUUUGGCCGCACAUGAGUCUCAGAGUAGAAAGCCUUCCAUGUGGGUUUCUGAAGAUCCGUUGACAGAGGCUGUAUUUGGAGGGCCAAUUAUAGGAACUGGUGGUAGAUUUCUUGGGAUGAGCCUUCCUAUUGACGAUUCAGAUGAUUUUACUGGAAGAAAUGUCAUGUUCCUUCGAGGGGUGAUACUUCUUAAUCGCUUGAGGCAUUUUGGGAUACUCAAUCCUAAAAAACUCGACUUCCGUGGUUAUUCGUUGCCUUCAGAUGUAUUCUGUGCAAGCCCUUCAGGAUUUAGGAGAGAGAUUAACCGUCUGAAAUCUCUUGGCUAUCCCAUGGCACCACCACUUGUGCUUGAAUUCAAAGGGGAAUUGCUUAAUAGAUUUGAAGGAUAUUUUGGUGGUUUACUUGCUCUGGAAGGGUAUCCUUAUGAUGAUCCACCCUUUGUUCAUGAGAAUCGUGUCUGGGGGCAAUUUCCAAAUGAAGUUGUUUCUGAUAUAUCCCAACGUGUUGUCUCACUCAAAUCAUUCCGUGGACAUGUGAGGUAUUUUGCAUGCACAGGGUUGCUUAUAUGGUGGCCUGAAAGUAGUGGGGCAUGCUCUGUCAUUCUCACUUCAGCCAGUUUGGUUAGAGGUCAUGAUAAUGAGUACUAUAUUGAUAGCUUGAGGUGUGGUGAUUCUGGGGUUGGAUGUCAUGAUGAUGAUGACCAUAUUACGAACUUGAGGAUUGAGGUGUCUCUCCCACAAAAUAGGACCGUCACUGGGACAUUGGAAUGGUAUAACGUGGACUACAACAUAGCUAUUGUCAGUGUUGGGGAUUAUGUCUGUGCUUGUCGCCCAGAAAAUAUUUUUAAUGCGGUGCAGAUGCCAUCUCGAAAUGCUCUACCUACUUUGGGUCGAAGAAAAUUCCCUUCAUUGGUUGGAAAAGUAGUAGCCAUAGGGUUUAACACUCAAAAAAGAUUAUUAAUGGCCUCAAUGGGAGAAGUGAAGCAGAGAAACAAGGGCAUCAAACUUGACUCAGUUGGUGAAGUGAAGCGGAGAAGCAAGCGUAUCAAAUUACUUGGUGAAGUGAAGCAGCGAAACAAUGGUAGUAUCAAACUUGACUGCAGAUAUCUUAAACUGUCCACUUGUAAAAUCAACAAGGCUGGGAUUGGAGGGCCUCUUAUUAACUUGGGUGGGAGUUUUGUUGGUAUGAACUUCUAUGAUGGAAGUGAAGAAACUCCUUUCCUGCCAAGGAGUAAGAUUGUUGAAGUUCUGAAGAGAGUGGUUGGUCUCUCACUACCAUCAAGAUCAUUGAAUGGUCGUCCUGAGCACAUAGAAUAUGGUGCUCGAGGCAGGACAAGGAAAAAUAGGUGGCCUGUGCCCGAGCCAUAUUGGUACCAUGGUCUACUUGAGCUGGAUAUGUACCAUCUCCCGGAGUUUCGUGGAAGGACUCUGCUUUAG